GGAAUUGACCAAUCAGGAGACUCUAUUCUUCACGGUGCUGUGUGGUUCCGUAGUGUGCUGCUGAGCUAAUUUUCUGACAGAAAGCUAAAAACAAAACCCCAAACCCACCAGGCCGUCCGGUUUCCUGCGCUCAACAUCUCCCGGAGGAUCAGGCUCGGACCUCAGGCCAGAAUCGGACCAUGGUUGGUGUUAAAGUGAUCGGCAGCGACCCGGACUUUCAGCCGGAGUUAGCGGCCGCCGGCUCCAGGCUAGCCGUGGUGAAGUUCACAAUGGCCGGCUGCCGGCCCUGCAUCAGAAUAGCUCCAGCUUUCAACAUGUUCAGCAACAAAUAUCCACAGGUGGUCUUCCUGGAGGUUGACGUUCAUGUCUGUCAGGGAACAGCUGCAGCCAACAACAUCUCAGCGACGCCCACCUUCUUGUUCUUCAGGAACCGGGUUCGGGUGGAUCAGUAUCAGGGAGCAGACGCUGCAGGCCUGGAGGAGAAGAUCAAACAGCACACAGAGAAUGACCCGGGAAACAGCGAGGACUCCGACAUUCCCAAGGGAUACAUGGACCUCAUGCCUUUCGUCAACAAAGCUGGCUGUGAGUGCCUCAACGAGAGUGACGACUGUGGCUUCGACAAAUGCUUAAUCAAAGACUCGUCCUACCUGGAGUCUGACUGUGACGAACAGCUGUUGAUAACGAUUGCCUUCAACCAGCCUGUCAAGCUUUUCUCUAUGAAGCUCCAGUGUUCAGAUUUAGCCCAAGCCCCGAAGGUCCUGAAGGUGUUCAUUAAUCUUCCUCGGUCGAUGGAUUUUGAUGAUGCUGAGCGGAGUGAAGCCACCCAGACCCUGGAGCUGUUGGAGGAAGACUACAAAGACGACGGUCUGAUUCCUCUGCGUUACGUCAAGUUUCAAAACGUCCAGAGUGUUACGUUGUUUGUCAAGUCAAACCAAGGAGACGAGGAGACGACAAAAAUCAACUACCUGACGUUCAUCGGCACUCCGGUUCAGGCCACCAACAUGAACGACUUCAAGAGGGUUGUUGGCAAGAAAGGCGAGAGUCACUGAGCAGGAAGAAGAAGCCGAGGGAGGAUAAGAAGAAGAAGAGGCUGCAGAAACAGUCGAGGGUUUUCCUUCUGCCAAAGCUGUUAGAGAAAAUAACCUCCAGCAUCCCUCCUGUUGCUCUAACUGAACUCUCCAUCUCUGGAGAAUCAUUUAUAUUGUAAUUCUGUUGAAAUCGCUGUAAAUAAAACACAAACCUUUUUCAAAGGCA